GUGGUAAACGAUGAGACAGGCUACAAUGGAUUUCAGCACUUCACCUGUGUUUGAUCAGAACAAAGGUGACUCAUCUGAAGAAGUCGACCUGACCAUGGUGUAUCAGGCAGCAUCGAAUGGAGAUGUCAACUCUCUGACUGCCGUGAUUCGGGAGGACCCGUCCAUCCUGGAAUGUUGUGACAGUGAGGGAUGUACGCCCUUGAUGCACGCGGUGUCCGGACGUCAAGUGGACACAGUGAAAUUGCUGCUAAAGAUGGGCGCCAACAUUAACACACAGGAUGCAUAUGGCCGCACCAGUUUAUGCCUGGCAACCUACCUGGGCUGGCUUGAAGGCUGUGUGAGUCUGCUCAGGAACGGGGCCAAGCACAACAUCCCAGACAAAAAUGGCCGCCUGCCACUGCACGCCGCCACUGCAGAGCCUGAUGUGAGGCUCCUCACAGUUCUGCUGCAGCAAUCCAGCCUCGGUGAGAUCAACCAUCAGGACACAGAGGGAAUGACGCCACUCCACUGGGCAGCUUUCCACAACCGGCCUCAACACACCCAGAUGCUGUUGAAGAAGGGGGCAGACCCCACCCUUGUGGACAAGGACUUUAAAACAGCUCUCCACUGGGCAGUCCAGAGUGGAAAUAGAAUUCUGUGCUCCAUCAUUCUGAGCCAUCGACAGGGCCCGUCCAUUAUCAACUACGACGACGAGAGUGGGAAGACGUGUGUCCACAUCGCAGCAGCUUCGGGUUUCGGAGACAUCAUCAACGAUCUGGCAAAGGUCCCCGAGUGUAACCUGCAGGCUCUGGAUGUGGAUGACAGGACACCCCUGCACUGGGCUGCAGCUGCUGGAAAGGCAGAAUGUGUCCAGUCACUGCUGGACUUGGGCAUGGACAGCAACCUAAGGGACAUUAACGAGAGCACACCCCUGGCCUAUGCUUUGUACUGUGGUCACACGGCCUGUGUCAGGCUCCUCUCCCGAGAAGGCCGAGCAGAGCCUGCUAGGUCUCCGCCCUCCCAGAACAGUCAGCCCCCAAAGAAGGAAGGACGAUUCAGCAUGCUCAACCAAAUCUUCGGCAAAAACAAGAAAGAGGAGCAGAAAGCCCAUCAGAAGGACCAGAGCAGGGCCAGACCUAAGGAGGAGGACACCUCGGAAGUCAAUGACAUCAUCACCACCUUUGACAGCGUCGUGGAUACCAACUGCCAAGGUCAGCCUGGUGACCAGGUGGACAUGGUUGUCUUUAAGAAGAGGACCUCCGAGAAUUCAAAGUAUCUCUUGCCAGAAAAGAAAUCCCUGGCCCGGAAGGGGCUCCCACCAAUCAGAACACAGAGUCUCCCACCCAUCACCCUGGGCAGUAACUUCCUGACAGCCUCUCAUGGGACGACGACGACGUCCCAUGCUGGCCUGAGCUCUGGUCCUCAGCAUACUGCCCAGCGUUCUCAGAAAAGUCGAAGUGAGCAGGACUUAUUAAAUAAUAGGACUGGCUGCCAGGUGUCGCUAGAUAAUCCCUGGAAGGGUGACACUAGGCAGGUGUUCUCCUGCAAGGCUUGGACUGUGUCUUCUUCCGAUAAGUUACUAGACAGGCUGUUCGCUGGCCAGCCUGGUCACCAGGAGCUUUCUGGGCCACCACAUCUUCCUCAUCUACACAACCCCUCACCAGGACAAGCUCUUCAGCAUCUCUCCCCAAACAGACCUAAAAUCAGGGAUCUCCCCUUCAUUCGGAACAGCCUUGCACCUCUGCCGGACCAGAAAUUUCUAUCUGGAGAACCCCUGAGAACCAACCGGGUGCUUCCGGCGAUUCCAAGCCAGAGAGGACAUGAGCCACCAGCUGAGGAGAGCAAGUCGUGCCCCAGUCCCACCCAUGAAGAAAACUAACUGCAGGUCGUUCUCUGUGGAAAUAUAGAAGAUAUAUAUUUUUCAACCUUCCAAGGGUGAGAUUACUCUAGUUUAUAUGAGCAAAGUCUUAAUUUAGUAAGCUGCGUUCUACUACAAGCCAUUCACGGUUUUAUAAUUCGAGGUUCCUUAUUUCUAAUAAAUACACUUCCUAAAUACUCACUUAGAAUCUUCAGGCGUGCAAACAUCACCAAGUCUAUGAGUUUCUGUGCCCCCUUCCCCCUACACACUGUAAUUCAGAAACAAAAUACACUCCUGGAGGAGGAUUUAGGUAUGUUUUAUUUAUGUUUGUGCCAUGUUUGCUGUUUGGUCUGGU